AUGAGGGAAGUCAGUUGGCUGUUUGCAUGUUGUUUGUUGCGGCUCUCGUACCGCAGAGGUCCGGGAUCAGAGGAGGGUCCGUCGCAAGAGGACUGCUUGGACGAGAGUGUCGACAAUGCAGGCAGAGCUUUUGCAGGUGAUCUGGAGGCGGUGUCCACCAGCGAUACAUUGGCCAGAGACCUAGCCGAGCUAGCAGGCAUCAUGAAGACUAGCAUAACUGAUGGCAGUGUCUCGCCCAAGGUGAGUGCGAGCGAGGAUGUUGAACCUUUGCCUUGCGAACCUUGGUCUGGGAGGUACCGGGAAGCCCCCGAGGCAUUUGCCAGCCUCCUGGACGCUCCAAGCGCAAAGGAAGCGCGGGAGCCGACGCUCAAGCACAAGGUCAUCGUCUUGCCCCCGAGCCGCAGAAAUGCACUGCGCAGCCCCUCCCCAGAGAACAACUCUCCGUUAGUGCGCCUCACCCGGCUUCGAUCACCAGAGAUUUCACCGCGCCUCCUUCGUCCCAUGCCACUCUUUGCGCAAACGGCGCCGACACGCAGGAGUGUGGGCACUAGGAACCACGGCACGCUGUCUGAAUUGGGCAUCUUACACCCUCGCACAGGCAGCCCUGUGCGUUACGAAGCCCCGGGUGUUGCAUAUCCAAGAACGAGCUCUCGACUGGGAAGCGACACGAGAAGCGACAGGUUUGGAGGCCGCACCCCCGUGACUCCCACGGUUCCGGCCCUUUGCCCCAGUCGGAUCCCAAGCUCAUGGAUGAACAACAGGGAUAAGCCGUCGGUGACCCCUCUCUCUGGGCCAGCCGGGUCCAUAGGCCGACCUUCAAGGCAUAGCGUGGGCUCUUGUGCAGGGAGACCCCGAUCUGCCACACCUCCCUUUGGCCGAUCCUCCAGCCAGGACCGUCAGCGGCGAGGAAGUGAGAAUCGUCAGCCCUUGAACUCCAACCGAAGUGCUUCCAAAGGACUGAAGAAGUCGCGAGGGGGCAGGGCCCAGUCUCCCGAUGAAGCGGCGGAGCCCAUGGCGGUCCUGCGAAGGGUAGAAUUUACCACAGAUGAGGCGGGCCGCACAGACUUGAUGCACGCAGCCCGUGAUGGCGACCUCGUCCGGGCCUCCACCUUGCUUUGUGCGGGCCUUCCGGUGGAUGCCACGGACUCCUGCAAAUGCACUGCUUUGAUGUAUGCCACCACCUACGGCCAUGUAGCUCUUGCUCGUUUGCUAAUCGAGCAAGGAGCUAAUGUCAAUGCACUCAGCCAUGACAGAUGGACACCACUGAUCGCUGCGGUUUACAACGGCCACCUACCGGUGGCGAAGUAUUUGUUGUCCAAGGGAGCCAACAUUGAAUGCGCGGAUGAUAGGGGAUGGACAGCUCUGAUGCACGUGGCCUUCAACGGCAAGGUUGACAUUCUGCAGUGUCUCCUCGAACACCACGCAGACACGGAGCGAAAGGACAACGAGGGGAGGACAGCACUUGUGUACGCGGCGUUCAGCGGUCAUCUUCAGAGCGUGAAGCUCUUGCUGGCUGCAACGAAGCGCUCGGACGGCGCAGACGGCCCUUGCUCUUUGGCUCUCAUGUUUGCUGCCGACAAAGGCCACAUGGAAGUGGCUCGCACCAUCCUGGAUGCCACCUUCGUCUCCGUGCGAGCGAGGGCAUCGGCACUGGAGCUUGCAAACGUCCACGGCCAUCAUGAAGUGGUACUGCACUCAGUGGAAUUCCAAAACUGGAACUGGUUUCGUUAG